CGACUAUCCUCCUUUCCUGCAGUUUAAGAAGCUUUGUUCUUAAAUUUAAAGCCUAAUCCCGGAGCUCGGGUAUAACAUUUGCUAUCAGAGCUCAUUGUUCUGCAUCCCCAAGGACCAAAGCACUUCCCACAAGCUUUCCCCUUCCCCCUUUUCUACCACCCCUUUGUUUGCAGUCCAACCAUGUCAAAUGAAUCUGAGCCCAUGUCUCAUGAAGAGCUCGUUGCAUCCAACACUGCCUUAAAGGCCCAAGUAGAGUACUUGGCCAAGGAGGUAGCUAAGCUCACCAAGAUAAAGCUCAACACCCUUCAAGGAAGUGAUCAUGAGGAUGAUGCUAGCACCAGUAGCACCACCAAGGCCAAAACUAAUGACGGGUCUGAUUUCAAAGUGGACAUCCCGACCUUUGAAGGAAGGAAUGACCCGGACGAGUUUCUAGAGUGGCUAGAAACGGUGGAACGCGUCUUCGAUUUCAAAGAAAUUUCCGAUGAGAAGAAGGUCAAGAUAGUGGCCUUGAAGUUCCGCAAGUAUGCAUCCACGUGGUGGACAUGCCUUCUAGAACAACAUGGAGUCGUCCAUAGAGCACUAUGGGCUUCACGCCAGACUUUCUUUAACGCCCCGAAAGUUUAUGAAGUUUGUCAAUAAAUAAUGAAAAUUAUAUCGUUAU